GGUCGCGUGUUUUGCUCACAGUAUCGAGUUUGUUGGAGUGUCGGUGAGCUGAGCUGGACGUGCGGGAGAACUUUAGGAAGUCCAAGGCGUGCUGCUUUCUUGUUCCGUCUGUAUUUAAUGUUGAUAGUUUAAAAGUGCACCUAAGUAUAGAUUCUGCAUUGCAUUCGUUUUUUUGCUUUAUUUUAUUUCCAAAGUAACCAAGAGUUCGUGAAAGCAGACCCUGCUGCAUACCAUGUCCGCGACGAACUGCAAACAGAGCAAAAGCUGCCCCAUUCCGACCCGAGUGCUGCACUUGAAGGACUGGUCUCAACUCCCAGACUUGUACAGCACGACGCCUGGCGGGACGCUCUUUUCCACCACACCAGGAGGGACCCGCAUCAUUUAUGACCGCAAAUUCCUCCUUGAAUGCAGAAAUUCACCAAUCGCACGGACACCUCCUUGCUGCCUCCCACAGAUUCCUGGUGUCACUGUACCUCAGCUCUCCCCACUUUCCAAACUUGAGGAACUUAAGGAGAUUGAAGAGCCUGAAAAAGAAAUGCCAGCUGAUGAUGCCCAGUUCGAAAUGGAUAUGUGAACAAGCAAGACGAAAAAGAACCGAGUGACUGUUUUUCUCCUUUUGUAUGAAAAGUUUUGCUUAUUGUCAACUUUUUCCCUUGGAAGAAUCACAAAGGCCAAUUUGUGGGUGAUGAUUUCUGAUGAAAUGUAGGAUUUCAAGGAAAAUGUUGUACAUGGUCUAAAGUUUGCAUUAUCAGAUCUAGUUCAUGUUCUUUUUAAAAAAAAAAAAAAAAAAGCCUUUUUUUUUUUUGGUUUGUUUUUU